AUGUCAACGUCUCCGUCGGCGGGCUCUUCCCCCUCCCUAGAAGCCCACAACAAGCUCAUAGACUGGGUCCGCAGCCAUGGCGGUUCCAUUUCCGACAGCGUGCAAGUUUCCCAAGACUCCACGCGAGGCGUUCACCUCCAAGUGAAAGCCGACUGGCCGGACCCAAUCCCCAAAGAAACACGGGUAAUAAGCACACCGGUGGGGAUAACGCUAUCCUAUUUUAAUGCCAUCGACCACCAGCACCAAUCCUCCUCCAAUGAAAUAUUGUUUUCCAGCGACGGCUUGGUCUUCCCGCGUGCAUUCAUUGACGCCGUCGGGCGCGAGGAAACCACAAUCUUUUUCCUGAUGGGCCAGUUCCUGCGCGGUGAAAGCAGUUUCUGGUUUCCGUAUCUGCGCACGCUUCCCCAGCCGGGCCAGUUGACUACGCCGCUGUUUUUUGGGGAGGAGGAUGUGGAUUGGAUCCAGGGGACGGGAAUCCCGGAUGCGAGUGUGCAGCGGUUUCGGCUUUGGGAAGGGCGGUUUGAUGCGUCUAUUGCGAAGCUUGAAGAAGUCGAGUUUGAGAAUGUCGAUUCCUAUACUUGGGAGCUCUAUCUCUGGGCUUCGACGAUUAUUAGCUCUCGAGCUUUCUCAUCGAAGGUUCUGGCUGGUGCCGUUCCGGAUGGGAAUCUCUCUGAUGGGGAUGGGGUGUCUGUUCUGCUGCCUCUGGUUGAUCUGCCUAAUCAUCGGCCACUGGCCAAGGUUGAGUGGCGAGCUGGCGAGGAAGACGUUGGGCUAUUGGUUCUAGAAGAGAUUGCUCCAGGACAGGAAAUCUUCAACAAUUACGGGCCCCGGAAUAAUGAGCAAUUGCUGAUGAAUUACGGGUUCUGUCUCGCCAAUAACCCGACCGACUACCGGAUCGUCAAACUGGGAGUGCUGGACAACAGCCCGCUCACGGAAGCCAAAGACCGACAGCGGCAGUUGUACCCCGAGCUGGCUACAACAACCGAAGAGCCGUACUACAUCUUCAGCAUCCUCUACCCGCUCCUCGCCCGCGAUACACCGAUGGAGCACACGAUCGUCUCCCCAGCCCUAUUCAACGCACUCACCGUGAUGGAGGGUAAUCCGCGCGAGCAUGCUAUGAUCGAGAUCACCGAGUCCGAGAUCCGCAUCCCGCCCGCUUACGGAACUGGACACAGUACUCUUGCAGCGUUGAGCCAGAUCAGCUUCGAGCUGAUUGCGCAUAUUGCGUUGUUGAAGGACAGCGCGGAAGGACUCUCAGCGCAACCGGCCAACUUGAACCAGAUGCAUACCCAGAUUUACCGCAAUGGUCAGAUUGCACUCGAUCAAGCCGCCCUCAUCAUCAUCUCGUGGACUCUCACCCGAGCAAGGGAGCAGCAGCGAGGCGAGACCUGGGACGAUAUCAAGACCCUCUUGAACGAGCACAUGGCCCGCAUACCCGCCGACCUCCUGCCCGAGGAAAUCCUAUCGCGCAUCCGGGUCCGCAUCCUCGAGCGCGAGUCCAUCGUGCCCAAGAACGGGGUCCUCUUCCGACUCACCGAGCUGUUUACUCUCCUCCCGACGGAGAUGCAAUGUCCCAGCCAGCAACACUUUAACCACGUCUUCGACCGCGCAGCACAGGUCAUUCCUGUCGUGCGCAGUGUUCCGAACUUGCUUUUCGGGACGCUGCUUUGCUUGCUGGUUGCUACAUACCGCUCACAGGCCCCACUGUCGGCGCGUCUGACUCGAUGGUUGGAGUUUCUUUUCGAGGCAUAUCCCCCGCCAUCCGUGGCUGGUCAUGAUCUUGCUGUGGAUGAAGAGGUGGAUACGCUUCUUGCUGCGUUUGAUGAGUUUGUGAACGUGGAAGACGCCCCACGAUGGGCUGCUGAUGAUGGAGUUACUUGGUUAGUCAAUGAUAGUGGGUGGUUGGAUGUGAACUGGCUGCGGUGGGCGUGGUGGGUUGCUGAAGCAGAGACAGUGCUGGUGCCGCCUGAGCCAUUGCAAAUACUGGGUGGUGGACCAGUGCAGAUGUUGAAACAGGCGUGCUUGUAUGUGCCUUAG